AUGCUUUCCAGCUUGUCUGUUAUUCAGGACAAGAAUGAAAAAUUAGUCUUGUUGUCCCCAAUAUCUCGUUUCAAAGUCCGACUUUUCUCAAGUUACUUUACAGACAAGACAUGCUCCACUCACCAGUUGGAAAGUCUUUCACCGUAUCAGCAGCAUUAUCCCAGUGUUCUGCAUAAUAUGGUGCUGCUUCAUUUCAGUUCAUGUGAAGUCAAUAGUGAAUGUGAAGAGGUUGUGCAGAAAGUUAAUUUUGAGUUUUACACAUCAGCAAUUUUAGCUGUACAUUCUCUUAUGUUGAUUUCAGGAAAGAAAACAGUAUCUGCCAAUAUGAUGGCAACAGCUAUUCAGGAAAAUGGAAUCAAUUCACUUUCCAAUGGAAACCUCAGUCAUAAAGUGGAUGAACAAAAUAGUUCAUCUCCAAGUGAACAAAGUGAAUCAAUUGUCAAAUCAGAAGAGACUACUGCUGAUAAUAGUGAAACUCCAGAAAUAGACAUUGUUAUUAACAAUGUGGUAUGCAGCUUUAGUGUGAGGUGUCAUUUGAAUCUCCGGCAAAUUGCAUUAAAUGGCUCAAAUGUGGAAUAUAGACGUGAAAAUGGGAUGAUCACAAUGAAGUUAAGAAAACCAUACACAACAGCUUCAAUGUGGUCUUCAGGAAAAAUAACUUGUACAGGAGCUACAAGUGAACCCCAAGCAAAAGUAGCAGCAAGGCGAUAUGCUCGAUGUUUGCAAAAACUUGGUUUCAAAACUAAAUUCAAUAAUUUCCGAGUAGUGAAUGUUCUUGGCACAUGUUCAAUGCCAUUUGCCAUUAAAAUCACUGCAUUUUCAGAGAGAUUUAAGGAACAUGCUGAGUACGAGCCAGAGUUGCACCCAGGUGUCACUUACAAGCUAUAUAAUCCCAAAGCCACUCUAAAGAUAUUUUCUACUGGUAGCAUUACUGUCACUGCUCCAAGUGUUGCUGAUGUCCAAGCCGCCAUCGAACACAUUUUCCCUCUAGUCUAUGAAUUUAGAAAAGAACGUACAAAAGAAGAUAUAUUGGCUCUGCAACUAAAGCAGAGAGGUGUGAAGCGGAAACGAUCUUUCACGCACAUUGACAUUGAGGAACAAGACUAUGAGGAACAUUUUGGUGAUACUUCUGACGAAGAGAACUAUGGUAGUGAUGAGAGCUGGGACUGACAAAGAGCUGAUUCACUUCGUGGUGCAAAACGUGUGUAUAUGUAGAACGUUAUGUAUGCUAUUAGAUAAAUUUGUAAGUAUGGUGUGACUGAUUUUUGUGUGCCUCAAUUGUGGUUACCGAGUUAAGACUGCCUUGUAGAAGAUGAAUCAGUUCACUUGUAUGAUAUGUAUUUUUCAUGAACAUAUCAUGCAACUAGGCUUGUAAGGUGAUUAACACAUUUUGUAAUGAUUUUGUUUCAUUUGCACAUUGUUAGAAUGCCUUAAAAGUGUCAAGACACAAUACUCAUUGUCACUAUGUUGGCGAUUCACUUUUCUUACCAUUUUCAUUAUGCGUAUUAUUUAUUUAUAUUGUAAAAGUAUGAGCAAAUGUAUUUCAGAUGUUUGUAUGUGUCGUGGAUAUUGUUAAAUAAGCUGAAUUGUAGCAUUGUUUGUAGGACUAUUUAAUUGAACAAUUAUCUGAACAAAUACGAGAGUAUAGUCUACUGUAUGGUAUGUUGGUUUAAGAUUACAAAGAUAAUGGAAACACAACCCUGGGAACAAACAAAGCUCGCACUUUUGCAAAACAGUAUUUAUAAAUUUAUACAAGCAUGUAAACAUUGUAAAGUAUCUGUAGUAUUGAUAUAAUGAUUUGUGAUAUAAUUUUUAUGAAAACAAGGCAAUAUUAAGGUUUUUCAUUCUAACAGGUUUUUUUUCUAAUGGGUUUAGAAAUUGAACACUGAACAUUUCGACUUUUGAAACUGACUAAAUUGCUCCUGUGGUGUUUAGAUGCAAAUAUGACUUUAUUGGAGGAAUAUAUUUCCUACGUCUGUUUUGGGUAUUGGUAAAUUUCUUUCCGGUGUGUAAACUUAUGCCUUGGACUAAGUUGGUAACUAGGACAGUCAUAUUUUUUAUGGAUAAAUAUUCCUAAGAAAUGGCUGAUGAUAAUAUGUUUGUACAUAUGCUUAAUAAAUGUAGAUUUUGUUCCAUCAUAUGUAUCAGAGGUAGUAUUUUUGUGUUUUAUGGACUGUAAAAUUGUGAAGUUCAAAUGUUUCAAUAACUGACAUUAUUGUUAGCUCUUGUUAGUAAUACUGAUUGAGAACUGUUUUGUAUGCCUUUUGUUAAAUAUGUUCAUUGCAUAUUAAAGUAGCAUUUUCAUCUGAAUGUAAGCACCAUCUUCCUGUAAUUAAUUUAUCAGAAUGCGAAAUGCAGAAUGUAUUGUUCUUGAAAAGACAAACUUUUGAUUGUAGCAACAUAUGAUAUUUUGACUAUUGGGAAUGUUUUUGCAAUUUUUUCAAUAGAUUUUUAUUGAAGCUACUAAUACAUUUUGCUACGUGUUGCAGGUGAGAUUAUAAAUAACAAUUUUAGUGCUGAGACUAAUUAUUAAAACUCAAUUAUAUGUUAGGCCCUCCAUGACUUUAGCAAAAAAAUUGCUUUCAAAUUGAGCAGUAAUAAAAUAUUUCAUAAGUUGAUAAUUUCUGAAGAACAGUUACAUUUCUGCGAUAUGUUAAUGUUCAAUGUGUAUAUUUCUGAGUGACCAAAAUAAUGAGACAGUUCACUGGUAUUUUGUAUUUUAUUUUCAAAACAUCAAAUUGUCUUUGUAAACAGGAAGUGUAUUUCAUUUUAACCAGUUCUGAAUGUUGGGUCAUUACACUAGCUUAAUUUAUUCAGACACUGCUGCUAGUGAAAUGACUAGAAUCAUUUCAUGGCAUUCAUUAGCUGUUAAAUGGAAUUAAGCUGUUGAAUGUGUGUCUUGAAUUUACAAAUUGAAAGAGUUUCAUAUGUGUUUUUAGUUCCUUAAAUGAAGAUAAAUGAAUAAAGAGUUAAAAUAUCGUGCAGCAAAACUGCGUAAUUCCAUUACAUGAACAUCUCUGAUAUAUUCGCAAAAUGGCCUUAAUUGAAAAUAGUAUCCAGAAUGCGCAAGACUUCACUGAUGAAUGAAAUUUUGAAUGUUCGAGCGGGUUGUGAUUAACAAGAAUAUGGCAAGUGUCUAAUGAUCGUUAGAUCAUUUACUUCAUAGAUUGAUGAAAUAUUAAAAUAACAGAAAAUAGAGAAAAAAUAUUUAUGAACUUUUUAAAAGCCAAGAGAAAUAACAUUUCUUAUUGCAUAAAAGGUAUUUUUAAGAGGUCAAUUGGGUAUAAAAUGAGAGCUAAAUGUUCCCAAGAUGGAUUUUCAUUAUGAACUGACCAAAAUGAUUUUUCUAUCAAAUCAAAUCAAAACUUAAGAUGUACUUUCAUGCAUCAAAGCCUGAAGACUCAAUAGCUGAGGUAAGGAAUAAAACUUGCCUGGAGAUCAAAUAAUCAAUAAAAUUUAAGGAUUGUACUGAAAAAUUCACGAAAAUUUGGAAUUUUUAAUAAAAUUUCAAUGUAAUCGAAAUUUCUGUUUAUUCUUCCUAGAUUAAUUCUGUAACCAAAUCUGCAAUAACGUCCAAUUAAUUUAUUUUUUAUUACUGAACAAGCUCAAGUAUGGUGCGAUGCCAGGUUUAUACAGUAUAUUUACCAUAAAUCUCAAUUAGACCUGAAAGGAAUGAAUUAUACCAGCAGUGGUUCUCUGCCUGCCUGCCUUGCCGUGUCCUGUCCCAUCCCGCCUCCUCCCAUUCCACUCCAUCUGCUUUGUCCCAUUGCAUUGUACUCCACUUUAUCCUGUCCCACCCCAUGCCCUACACAUCCAGUCCCAUCCUGUCCAACUCCCCCUCAAUUCUCACCUCAAUCUACCAUACCUGCCAUAUUAUCUUUGUUACUACAGUUAGGUGUGUUUGUUGCCUACUGGAAAAUUUCUUGUAAAAAUGUUGAUCUUUGAUUGCUUUCUUGGAAUUAAUGUAGUUAGGAGGAAUUUUUUAGAAAUGUCCACUCCUUAUCGGUAUUUUUUCUCACCAUUUUUGGAAUAUUUACAGAAAACCUGAGAGAGCAUGCAUAAAUUUUUGGGUUGUAUUUUGCUCUGGUGCCAAUGAUUAAUAACAUCAAAUAUUCAUGGCUUGCAUUCCUUCCAGAUGUCAAUGAUCAUUUAUAUCUAAAUCGGUGACCCUGUUUUGUAGUUAAUUUUUUUUUAUCAAUUUAAUAAUUUUUCCUUGCAUGUUGAAUCACAGCAUGACUAUCUUGAAUUAUAAAUUGUAGAUGAAUUAUCAGUAGUGUAUGAUCUUUUGCAGUGAGUGUAAGGUAAAAUCAUUUAAGAGUCAAACUUUUUGUCAUUUGUCAACUCCAAAGCAAAGAAUGUCAGGGUUUGAUUUUGUCUAAAUCAUGUAGUAUAGUUUUAUGAAAUCUCAUGUAGACUAACUUUUCUCUUGUUUUGAAAGUUGCUUGACAGAAUUUAAAUAAAAUCGGAAUAUAACUAAUUUGUAUAAAAGAAUUCUUGAUCGAAUGAAAAAUAAUAUGCAAAUAAGUAACCUAAAUUAUACCCCACCAAAUACACUAAUCUUUCAGUGAAAAUCUCAUCAAAGAACUUUGGCCAUUUUAGCCCAGAGACAAAAACUGUAAAAAUAAUUCAAUGAGUCAUGUAAUUUAAUCAAAUGAUGGUAUAAAAAGGAGUUAUUUUGAAAUUGCAAACACUUAUGUUUUAUUUAUACAGUAUAUCCCCUUCUGAAAUUGUUUUUGCAAUUCUUAGGUGCUGUUGAUAUGGUAUGGUGCUGAGUUUCAAAUAUUUUGAAUAUGUUUAAUUGUAUUUAAAAAAAUUAAAAAUAUAAAAGACUUUUCAGCAAGUAUCAAGAGUUGGAGUUGCAGGAUUAGCACCUUGUGGUGGUCCAUAUAGAACAAAAAGAAAGUUUAAUUACAUUUACAUAAAUGAGCAUUAAUAUUCAGUUUUCUUCAUAUUGCUCGUAUUUAAUUAAUUAUUAUAAAUAUUACAUAAAUUAUUAAAAAAUACUAUGGUAAUUAGUACUCAACAAUAAAAUAUGCUGUUUUAUCUUUCAAUAUUAAGUAUGUUUUUAUUCAAAGCACAAGGAGGGUCGUUGAGCUUCAGCCUCUACAUCACCCCAUUGCAAUGAAUGAAAAGAUUUGAAUCUAUAGUUUAUAAGUGCAGCUGAUAAGUUAUUUUACCUUAAAAACAAGGUAAAAGAUGUUACUUGAGUUAUAUUGGUUUUAGUAAGAAAUCCCAAAAUUUGUGUAGGGAAAAAAAAAAAAAGUUUUCCAUAACUUUUGAGGAAAUGGUUAAUUGCAAUUUUGGAAAAAAUUGUUUUCUUGAUCAAACAGUAAGAGAUCUUGAGGUUUUAAAAUUUUAUCAAAUUUCCCAUAGAUGUUGCCCCAAAUUACUCAUGGUCUCUAAUGUAUUUUUUGUUUCCUAAAUUAGAAUAAAUACUACUUUUUACUUUCUCGUACUUUCUUUGUACUUUAUAAUCGUGCCCUGGAAA